GUGUUGAGGUGGGUUUAGGGUUGGUGUUGAGGUGGGUUUAGGGUUGGUGUUUAGGUGGGUUUAGGGAGCUCUGGAUGGCUAAUGGUUCAGUGAUUUAGUGCAGAAAUAAAGUAGAAGAGAUACACACCCUGUUAGCACCACAAAGAGUUUACUUCAUGCAUAUUCUCUAGAAAACAACAAAGUUUCUGGAAUGCAUUUCUUCAAAAAAUGCUCGGUGUUUAAAGUGGUGCUGAGUGCCCUGCUUAUUGUAGCCCUGCUGCAGCUGAUCUAUCUGUCGUUCCUGUCGAAGCUGCACGGCAAACAGCAGCGCUACAAGUAUUCAGAGCUGUUCGGCUCCAAGAGGAACACGCAAAACAAUGAGAAGAACUCUAAACGGGAACGCCUGAGAUACUCCUUAUCCAGUGGAGGCAUCUUUGACAGCAGUGGUCAGUACCGUGUGUACAAAAACCUUAUCAAGAGUGACUUCUCCACUAACCAGAAGCUGGGUGCAGAUCCAAGAUCCCAUCACCUCGCCUUGGUGACACACACAACCAUCAACAACCUUCAUCAUUUGGAUUCUUUGCUUGAACGCUGGCAGAAUCCGCUCUCUGUGGCUAUUUUUGCUCAUGGAGAAGAUGUCAAGUUUGCAACAGCCCUUGUCUACGCCCUCAGCCUCUUCUGUCCACGUGUCCAAGCCUUGGUGGAUUUCCACUUGGUAUGCCACUCGGAGGAGAUGGCCAGCUUCCCGGAGCAAGACAGAGAGCACUUUGCUGGACUUGAGGAACAAGGAUGUCCUGGUGUCUUUGCGAAGCUUGAAUCCCACCGGGACAAGUACAAGAACUAUGCUAUGGGAAGAAACAUCUCCUACCCCAACAACCUUCUCCGCAACGUGGCCCGGACAGGCACAGAGGCUGCCUACAUCCUUGUCCUCGACAUUGACAUGGUACCCAGCGCAGACCUGCAUCAUCAGUUUGUGAUGAUGCUGAUGAAACGUGAGCGGGCCCCGGAUGAAGUUCUGGUCUUGCCCGCUUUUGAAAUAAGGCACACGCGCAAGAUGCCUGCUACAAAAUCCGAGCUUGCACAGCUGUACCUGGUCGGUGAGGUGAGGCCCUUCUAUGAGGAACUGUGCCCACGAUGCCAGGCACCCACUAACUACUCCCGUUGGAUUAACCUUGUUAGCAAGAGCUCCGGGCCUCUGGAGGUGGCAUAUACACAGAACUGGGUCGACCCAUGGGAACCCUUUUACAUCGGGCCCAAAUCAGUGCCACUAUAUGAUGAGAACUUCAGACAGUACGGCUUCAACCGUAUCAGUCAGGCAUGUGAGCUUCAUGUAGCAGGGUUCAGGUUCUCUGUGGUGAGUAACGCCUUUGUGGUGCAUCAGGGCUUUAAGAUUCAGGGCGACUUUCACAGCCGCAAGGACGAGGAGAACCGCAGAAACCGCCUGCUCUUCCGAAGCUUCAAGGAAGGUCUGAAAAACAAAUACCCCAACUCCCCUCGCCACUGCUGAGGCCUGGAUCUCCAGAGAAACACCCAGGCCUCAUUAGUGAAGCUUUAUGCUACAACUAAAAAUGGGUUAUGAAUGCUACACCCUGGUGCUGAGUAUUAUAUAAAAUAUCAACUAGAAAAUGACUCUUUGUUACAGUUUCUGAUGUUGAUGUCAUGGCACACAAUUCGGACUCAAUCACUAACAGUAAACUAAUAGUGUGAGACAAUAGAGGUGUAAAAAUCAUGACAUGUUUCUGGUUAUUUAAUGUAUUGUUUUGAGGUUAAUGUGCCACUACACUGAACGGAAGAACAGGGUCUCUAUCGAUGUAACAGUGGAAAUGAGACUCCAAGAAAAUGAAAUGAUUUCAUGUGAUUUACGAGAAAGAUCUCUGUCUGCGUAAAUAAGCCUGGGCUGUGAAGAGCAACAUGAAAAGCUCCUUUAAAAUGUGUUUUACUGUUGAGAAAAUGUUCACCUUUCUCAAGCUGGUACAGUUUAGCUUUGUUUUAUUACCCACUUCAACUGGAAUUGAAGAAUUUAAAUCCAUGAAUGAUCAGCGUGACCACUUUACAAUGUGAUUACUGAUGAUAAACAAUAAACCGGGUUAUAAUCCAUCUGUAGUUCAGGAAAGAGGUGAAAUCAGAACAAAGAGAAAUACAGUAGAACUGUUAUAAAGUGUAAGGAUUUACUAUACUGUACUGAAACUGCACAGUCCUGAGACGGUCAAUCAGCUUCUCUUUACAUUCAUCCCGAAGCUAAACCAGUGUCUUGGGACUAUCUCUGUAAGUAACCUAACACUGACAAACUAAAUGCUGUUAGUAAGUGUGUGCUUUAUACAAAAUGUGUGUGACGAGGCUGUGUGAAGAUUGUAAAACAUCUAGAGUUCUUCACAGACGAGAGACUGAUUGAAAACAACUCCACUUCUGAUUAUUGUGUGUUGAUGUGAUUCGUUGUAACAUAAGUAACGUUAAUGGUAUGUAAGUUAUUAAAACCCAGUAUUUUAUCAUUAAGUCUCAGAAAACAAAGAUUUAAAAGUAGUUAAACUAAUUAAAAUCGAAAUACAAGUUAUUACUUCUGAGUAAGAAGAAAAGUGAUGAUUGUUGCAAUUUUUUCCCUUUAGCCUUUUCCUAGCAGUUUUAUUGCUAUUCUUUUUUAUGAACUUGUGUUUGAGAACAUGUACUUCAGACUAAAACAUUUUCAUUAACUUAUAUAUUUUUGUUAUUAUUUCUGUCGAAUUCACAUCACCACUGUAUAUCAGUGUUAUCCACUAAGACCAGACCCAAACCCAAACGUACAACACCACUGUAUUAACAGCGGGGAGAAAUGUAUAGUAGCUGAUGUGUGGUGAUUUCUCUCCCGGGGUGUUUGUCACUGUGCUUUUGUUUCCGUUUGUAGCACUACUGAAAGUAUUUUUAAAUGAUUUCCUUUACGUUCUUUGAUGCGGUAAAUUAUAUGACACUAUACUGUGUUUGUCAGUAUUUGAGUAAUGCUUGAAUUGUACUUAACUACAGGAUGUUUUAUUAUACACUGCGGAAUGAAUAAAUGUGUGCGAUUAUC